AUGGCUACUUGUAUAGACACCCCAAGAAAAGACAGUACCUCUCAACUUUCUCGCAAUCCAAAUAGGUCUCCGUCAGAUGAUCAUGCCUACAAGUACGCGAAGUUUUGCAGACCCAAUACUCAUGUUUCUUGUACACCCUUUUCCAGGAAUCACACAAAAACCAUCAAGAAGCCUCCUGUCGUCGUUGAUGAUUUUGAUCAACAGAAGAGCUUAUGGCUUCAAAUGAAAGAAGAAGCAAGGUUAGAUGUUGAAAAAGAACCAAUAUUAUCCACCUACUACUUCACCUCCAUUUUGUCUCAAAAGUCAUUAGAAAGAGCGUUGGCUAAUCUUCUCUCUAUAAAGCUAAGUAAUGCUAGUCUUUCUAGUACCACUCUUUUUGACCUUUUUGUUGGGGUCCUUGAAGAGAGUCCUGAAAUCAUUAGAGCUGUAGAGGAGGAUUUGAGAGCUGUUGAAGAGAGGGAUCCAGCAUGCAUAAGCUACGUUCACUGUUUCUUGAAUUUUAAAGGCUUCCUAGCAUGUCAAGCACAUAGAAUCUCACACAAGUUAUGGUCACAAGGUAGACAAAUUCUAGCUCUAUUGAUACAAAAUAGAGUAUCUGAGGUUUUUGCAGUUGAUAUCCAUCCAGGGGCAAAGAUUGGACAAGGAAUAUUACUUGAUCAUGCCACAGGAGUAGUUGUUGGAGAGACUGCUGUGAUCGGAAACAAUGUUUCAAUUUUGCAUAAUGUGACUUUAGGGGGUACUGGUAAGGCAUGUGGAGAUAGGCAUCCAAAGAUUGGCAAUGGGGUGUUGAUUGGGGCUGGAACUUGUAUUCUGGGAAAUAUUAGGAUUGGUGAUGGGGCCAAGAUUGGGGCUGGUUCUGUGGUGUUAAAGGAAGUACCACAUAGAACUACUGCAGUUGGGAACCCAGCUAGGUUGGUUGGAGGGAAGGAGAAUCCAACAAAACUUGAUAAGAUUCCUAGUUUCACUAUGGAUCAUACUUCACAUAUAUCUGAGUGGUCUGAUUAUGUUAUUUAG